GGGCGGAGGAGGGCGGAGGAGGCGCGGAGGCGCCGCGGUCAGCUGGUCCUCGCUCUGCCGGAAGCGGUCUCGGCUCGACAGACCUCCGCUGCUUUCCGCCGCGUGCGCCGGACGGUUGGUGACAAGCAAUGGUGCCCACUUUGGAAGGAAGCCCUGAUCCUCUGUUCCCAGAUUUCCCCAGAGGACCCCUCCACGCCUACCGAGCAAGAGCCUCCUUCAGCUGGAAGGAGCUGUCACUGUUCCUGGAAGGCGAGGACAUGCUCCGCUAUAAGAAAAGCAUCUUCUCAGCUUUGGAGAGCGAUCCUCUUUUUGCCCGUCCCCAUGGCGCCCAUCUGUCUUUGGAGAAGUACCGCGAGCUGAACUUCCUUCGCUGCAGGCGGAUCUUUGAGUACGACUUCCUCAGUGCGGAAGACGUGUUUAGGAGCCCUCUGAAAGUGCUGAUGUUCAGUAACUGCCUGGGAAUGUAUGACUGGUCCCUGGCUGCCAAAUACUUCCUCCACACCAUGGUUUUUGGAUCAGCAAUUUACAACUCUGGUUCUGAAAGACAUUUCGAAUAUAUUCAGAAGGUCUUCAGUAUGGAGAUUUUUGGAUGUUUUGCCCUGACCGAAGUAAGCCAUGGGAGCAAUACCAAGGCCAUUCGGACGACCGCUCACUACGACCCUGCCACGGAGGAAUUCAUCAUACAUUCCCCCGAUUUCGAAGCUGCCAAAUUUUGGGUGGGCAAUAUGGGCAAGACUGCUACUCACGCGGUGGUGUUCGCGCAGCUGUACGUGCCAGGGGGCCAGUGCCACGGGCUGCAUCCCUUUGUCGUGCAGAUUCGGGACCCAAAGACCCUCCUUCCCAUGCCAGGGGUGAUGGUUGGCGACAUGGGGAAGAAACUUGGGCAGAACGGACUGGAUAGCGGGUUCGCCAUGUUCCACCAGGUGCGUAUUCCCCGCCAGAACCUCCUGAACCGCAAUGGAGACGUCACUCCCGAUGGCACCUACCUCAGCCCCUUCAAGGACGUCAGAGAGCGCUUGGGAGCGUCCCUGGGCAGCUUGUCCCUGGGUCGAGUCUCCAUCAUAGGCAUGUCCAUCGUUAACUUGCAACUGGCCGUAUCCAUAGCUCUUCGUUUCUCAGCCACUCGGCGGCAGUUUGGCCCAACACAGGAGGAGGAAAUACCGGUACUUGAGUAUCAAUUGCAGCAAUGGCGCUUGCUGCCUUACCUGGCGGCUGCCUACGCCUUAUACCACUUCUCCAAGUCACUCUUCCUGGACCUGGUGGAGCAGCAACAGGGCCUUCUGGGAGGAGACCGCAGUGCCAGGCAGGCAGAGCUUGGACAUGAGAUCCAUGCUCUGGCAUCAGCCGGCAAGCCACUGGCCUCGUGGACGGCCCAGCAAGGAAUUCAGGAAUGCCGGGAGGCAUGCGGAGGACACGGCUAUCUGGCCAUGAACCGACUAGGGGUCCUCAGAGAUGACAAUGACCCAAACUGCACGUACGAGGGUGACAACAACGUCCUGCUGCUUCAGACGAGCAACUACCUUCUGGGACUCCUGGCACGCCGGUUCCAAGGUGGAGCUCGCCUCCAGAGCCCUCUGAAGACGGUGGACUUUCUAGAAGCUUAUCCUGACAUCCUUGGCCAGAGGUUCACCGGAUCCAGCUUUGCUGACUGCUUGGACUCUGCAGUCCCCUUGGCAGCGUACAAGUGGUUGGUUUGUUACCUGCUCCGAGAAAGUUAUCAAAAAUUAAUUCAAGAGAAAAGAUCAGGAAGCAAUGACUUUGAAGCAAGGAACAACUGCCAGGCUGUUGAGGCUGAGAGAAAUGCCCGAGUCUGCUGCCGCGAGCCCCCCAUGCUGCACAGCCAGCGUCUGGACUUGGACAGCCUGGGGUUUGUUUUUGCCUGAAGUAUCCAUCACCUGUGAAAAUACGGAUAUCCCGGGGCAUUUGUGCACACCACACGGUGCACCCCACUUCCUCUCCUGGGCUGGUGUUUGCUGGGGAGGCUCAUGAUGGGGAGCCUGGUCUUGGGACCGAUGUGGGGAGGCUGAGGCCGGGCAUUCGGGCCCCCUGUCCAUGGUGUGCCGAGCUCACUGCUGCAAAGUGACAGCCAACCCUCAGCUCCACCAGGUCCAGGAAGUGCCUUGUCACGGUUCUAACUGGGGACAGUGACACAGCGUGGCUCCAGAGGGACAGUGGAAACGGUUCCGGAAGAUUCCCUGGAGCAGAGUCCCAGCCCACUGCCUGAUCUGUGGUGCAGCUUUUGGGGGCAGUGCAGCUCGGGUGCCGUGAGCACGCCUGGCCUGAGUGCACCGGCCAUAACCAGGACCUGGGCAUGCUUUGGCCGCGGGGAGGGGACUGUACCUGAGGCGUCCAUCCCCUGAGUCAGCACCGUGGGGACACUUGCUGCCCCAACCCUCCUUGGUUCAUGUUGUAGCCAGAUCUGCUGGUUGCAGUGACGGACUCCAUUCAGGUGACUGGCAGCUGUAUCUGGACAUUUCGCAGAACACAAAGCUGCGCCACACAUGCCAAAUCCCAGGGACUGGCAGAGCCACCAGCACGAGUGCUGCCCAAGGGCUGUGCAGGCGUUCACACCAGAGCCAUCUCGCCUGCUCCUCAGCAACACUGGGGGGUUCCCCCUCUGCAGAUGAAGACACUAAGGCUUGGGGACGUGAAGCCAUUUGCCCGCACACACACAUCUGCAAAGCCUGGUGGGUCUGGAAGCUGCUCUGCCUACCUCCAAGGACCAGGCCGUUAGCUGCCUCCAGCUGCUGGGUCUGUCUUCCAGAACCCAGUGGGACUCACAGUGCGUUUUUUGACAGCAGUGAGGUUCCAGGUGGGCUGCCUUCCCAGGCCUGCCACUAGCCUGUCUGACCCACGCCACAGCUGAAAUUGAAGAGUGUCACUGUUACAGAAAAACAAGAUGAAACAGCAUCAGUUUAAUACUGGGAAGUCCACGUGGGUGAAAAGAGGGAGAGGCUAGGGGGGUGCACAGAGUUUGGCCCCAGUUCUGAGAAUGGCCUCCUGCCUGUGCCCAGGCCCCCUGGGAUCGCCCUCACCCUGGGUUCAGAGGACAUGUGCAGCGAGAGGAGAGGUGUUCACAGUGUGGGAGCUUGUUCUGAGGGUGCUGGUGGGUUUGACAGCAUCAUUGUGCUCUAACGGACGCAGGAGCCAGCCUCCCUCGGUCCAGGCUGUUUCCCACCCAUUUCGUUGAAUGGGUUGAGGGAGGGUGGGGUGACCUGGGCAGCCGGUAGCGUGGUGCCCGGCCAGCAGCACCCCCGAUGGCAUGCGUUGUCGGCCUCCUGCCAGAGGCUCCUCGAGGCUCUGAGGGCCCCACCUCCACUCAGCAGAGCUCCAGGAAAUCUAGACGCUGCUCCUCUGGGGAUCUCUCCUGCAGUCUCCCCUCCCCCUGCCCCAGCACAAGUCCAGAUCCUGCCAAAACCGAGGGCAUGUGCACACCAUGCGUGAGCAGGAGCAGGGCUGAGCCAGGCUGCACCCAAGGUCCCAGCUGGCCCUUCUGCUAUUUGCACAGUAGGAAGCAGGACAGGAGCCUUCCUGGCACCAGUGGAUGGCCCGCCCUGUAGCAUGUGUGGCCCAGCAGGGGUCUUGGCCAGGACCAGUAAGGCUGGCAGCCAGCGCAGGGCAAAAAGCAUCUUCCCCCCAUCUGUUCUCCCGAGGCUCCUGGUCUCAGUGGGUAUCGCAGCCAGAGACCCUGUGUUGGCUCCUGAAGUCCAGGGCAGGCCUUGGAAAUUAGGCUCCUUCCCUGGUCACCUGCUUGAGUUUAGCGCCUCCUCCCUGGUGUGCUGCUGUGUACCCCACUUCGUUGCAAAAGGUUUGGGGGUAGCGUCAUGUGCCAGGCAGUUGGCCAGGGUCUCUCACGGCAGUUUGUCAUCUCCACUCCAUUCUUCACUUUGCUGGAUUAGUCUUUAAAUUUCAAAAGUGGUGUGUGCUCAUUCUAAUAAGAUAAGCAAUGCAUAUGUUGUUUUCCUAAUUUAAAAAAAUCUGGUAAGAUGAUAAAUUUGAGAUGAGAAAAGAAAAUGUAAUAAGUGAAGCUGAUAAUUGCCAGCGAUUGUUUUGGGUGUUGGUCAAAAAAGAAAAAGCUGGGAGUGAGAGGUUCUUAGUGAGUCCCUGCGCUGCCCACCCGGCCAGCACCAGGACUUGUGAUGCACACAGGGUUUCGCUGGGGCCUGUCCCACCUUGGCCCCUCUGUGGCCAUUCCCACGUGAGUGGGAGAGAGACUGUGGCUUUAGAAGCUUUGGAGGAGAGGCCUGUGGCCAUACCCUUGGACAGUGAGAAGUCACCAUCGGCCCGGCUCCUGGGACACUGGCACACUCCAGCAGCAGCAGUGUCCCCAGCCUGCCCCAGGGUCUGUGCACUCUAUGCUGGUGCCACCCCAAGUUCUAGACCGAACCAAGCUGAGUGCGGCCAUGGAGCAGCCUGAGGCCUCAGCACGUCAGGGCCCGAGCCUGCUCCCACCCUGGGUUCUCCUUGCACGGCCUUUUCCCUUGUGUUUUAGAAAAACAUUUCUCCUGCCAUGUCAUGUCCAUACGCUGCUUCACUUCACGUUACGGUCCUCCUCAGACGCGCACCAGAACACAGACCCAAGCGUGUGUCCCUGAAUUUCUUCCACUAUAAAGUCUGAAUUGCGGC